GUUGUGCAAUAAUCGCAACAAAAUGUCGGCCACAAUCAAGUUUCUAUCCGUUUUCUAUCUGUGUGUGGUGCUGGGCGCAGUAUUUGCGAAACACGUCGCGCCUGAUUCUAAGCCCGUGUCUCAUCAUGUUGCUGACAGUGGUGCCAAAACAAUCGUUAUAUAUUUGAAUGAUUUUGCAACAUUGGGUGCUAAUGACCAUGGUCAUAAGCGAUUUAAAAGGACAGUAACACCGUGGGAUGAUGAAUUGGAAGCGUUGAGAGAUUUCGAACAACUGAGAGACUUAGAUCACGAUUUGGACGCUAAAUACAACGGUAUAGAUAGUAAAUGGAAGUAAUUGGUAAAUAAUGAAGCAGCCAACGUUGGAUAUAAGAAAACUAUAACGAGCUUCGCUUACAUAAAUGACUAUAUAUAUUAACUUUGUUUUGUCUAAAUAAAAUUUCUGUGGCAUUACCUGGUUCUU